GUUUCUACAAGGCAGGCCAUUCAUUUUUUUAUAAAGAUCCACCUUCCCACUUACUCACCACCAUCCUAAAGUCCAAAUUGUCCUUCCCGUUUAUGGGUUUAGACUUUAGAGCAUGCAUAUCAUGCAAUGGAUAAUAUAGUCUUUUCAAGGGCAUAAGUGGUUGUUUGUUUCCCAUGAAAAUUCAAAUCAGUUAUUAAUGGAAUUUCACGAAAGUCCAAAGAGGGAAAUUCAUGAACUUCUAUGAAACAAAGUAACAUCUAAAUUCUAAUACAGCCCCUUCACCGGCAAGGGCAUGGCAUGGUCUACCCAGUAGUUUGGUGAAACAGAUUCAGGAUAAAGUAUAACCAAUCUCAUUUAAUGGAUCACGGGAAACUAAAGAAACUACAUAGUUGAAGCUUGGCAUGCUUUAGGGAGGUUUGACAUUUAACCUGCCUAUUGUCAUGGUUGAUGGUAUGGAAGAUGACGAUGCUUUCACUAAGCCCCUUGGAAGACAGGCCGUCUUUUAUUAUGGAGUAGGACAUAUGCUCAAUGAUAUCACAUCUGCUUGUUGGUUUACUUAUCUCUUAGUGUUUUUGACAGAUAUCGGGCUCCCUUCAAGGGAUGCUGCUACUGUUAUGCUUUCAGGACAGAUAGCUGAUGGAUUCACAACCAUAUUUGCCGGUGAACUGAUAGACAGGUUUGGACAUUUCAAAAUAUGGCAUGGGGCAGGAUCUAUUUUGGUUGCUGUUUCAUUUUCCUCCGUUUUUGGCGGUUGCCUACCUUGCAAAAUUUUUGGUUCCAAUUCAUCCACGUUGCAAACUGUUGGGUACAGCAUGUUUGCCGCAAUCUUCAAUGUGGGCUGGGCUGCUACUCAAGUUUCACACAUGUCUAUGGUGAAUUGCAUCACGCUGAAUUCAACAAGCAGAGUAGUUCUUGCUAGCUGUCGUAAUGCUUUUACAAUGGUUGCCAACCUGAGCCUAUAUGCAGUUGCUUUCGUUGUGUUCAAUUCCAGCAAACCACAUACACUUGUUGAUAUUGAAAAUCAGUACCGCUGGAUUGCAUAUUUGUCGAUCGCUAUUGGAUGCUGCUUUGUGGCCAUUUUUCUCCUUGGAACAAAAGAGCCAAGAUUAAAAAAAGGGGCUCAUGGAAAAGGUUAUGCAAGGAUUUUAUGGUCUCACUGGUUCAGAAAAGUUUUAUACUACCAAGUUGCUCUUGUCUAUGUGCUCACCAGACUAGUGACCAAUGUUUCACAGGCAUUUCUUGCUUUCUAUGUCAUUAAUGAUCUACAAAUGUCACAAUCAUCUAAAGCUUUGGUUCCUGCAAUCAUCUACAUUUGCAGCUUCAUCGUAUCUAUCAUUUUACAGGAGUUCACAUGGUCAGGCCAACGCUUGAAGGCCUUCUAUUCUGCUGGAGGAAUUCUUUGGAUAAUUUGUGGAGCAGGGAUCCUUUUUCUACCCAGAAACAUGAAUGCUUUUAUGUACAUUUUAUCAAUAAUCAUCGGCAUAGCAAACGCCUUAAUGAUGGUGACUGGUGUAAGCAUGCAAAGUUUUCUAGUUGGUGAAGAUCUCCAUGGCUGUGCAUUUGUUUAUGGCUCAUUGAGUUUCUUGGACAAAAUUUCAUGUGGGCUAGCCUUGUUCGUUCUUGAGUCAUAUGGAAAUUCCUCUCCAGACCUCCAGGGAUCAGUUAUUUCACGUUUUUCGGUUUCAAGAUAUGGUUUGGGUGUUGUACCAGCAGUUUGUGCGCUUGUUGGGGUGGUGGUAACAUACACUAUGAAUCUCCAUACUCCCGUUCCAAAACCUAUAAUGGAGCCACUGUUGGCCUAAUGUCAAAAGGCUGGAGCAGGUGAUAUUCCUCAAGGAUCGCCUGGAAAUAAAGGACUCAAAAGGCUUGAGACUUCUUUGGGGACAAGCUAGAUGAAAUGUUUGGCUGCGGAACAGAUUAAAAAGUAGUGAUGGGUUUUAAAUUUUUUAGUCAUUGCUGAAACCCUAGCAGGAUGUUUUCCCCUAUACAAUCUUGAUUUUCUAUCUUCAUUUACCAAAUCAUCAUUCAUUACUGACAUUUCAUUUUACAGAUUCAAAUGUACAGAAUCUCUCAAAUUUUAAGCAAGAUCUAGCAUUCAUGUCA